AUGUCGGAGGGGCCCCAGGAGGACGGAGGGGCCCCGUUCUAUAUAAACCGGGGGGGCCUCCCCCAUCCAGGCCGACACAUGGGAGAGGAUGUGGGGGCACAUCGUCCGGACACACCCGGCCGCGGAGGAGCUGGAGAGGCAGAUCAGAUCGGCCACCGACCUGCCGAGGGUGCCAGUCCCCGUGGUCCCGGUGUUCAGUGUGGGAUCCACUGUCCCAGAGAAGGUGGAGGCCGUCCAGCGAUACAUCAGAGAGCUGCAAUACAACCACACCGGGACCCAAUUCUUCGAGAUCAAGAAGACCCGACCACUGACUGGAUUGAUGGACCUAGCGAAGGAGAUGACCAAAGAAGCUCUGCCAAUCAAAUGUCUGGAGGCCGUCAUUCUGGCCAUCUAUCUAACCAACAGCAUCUCCACCCUAGAGCGCUUCCCCAUCAGUUUCAAGACUCAGUUCUCUGGCGGCUGUUUCCGCCACAUUGUUCUUGGCUUAUACUGUAACGGGUAUUUCGGUGCCGUGGGAAUCAGCCGCCGGGAGGACCUGAUGUUCAAGCCACUCCACUAUCGGACACUCAGUGAUCUGUUGGCAGAUUUCCAGGAGGCGUACACUCGAUGUUGGCACACGCUGCGCAAGGUGAAGAUUGGCCCCUUUGUGUCACAUGACCCCCACAGCGUGGAGCAAAUCGACUGGAAGCAUUCGGUGCUGGACGUACAGGAGCUGAGCGCCGAGGGGCUCCGCAGGGAGCUGGAGAGACACAGCAGGGAGAUGAGACUCAGGGUAAGGAUUACCAAGGGACCCCCUUCACCUCCUAAGGAGAGAAAGAGGGACGUCACCCCAUCUCCCCAGCGAGGACAGUCCAGCCCACACCGCAGGGAGCGGCAGGACAGACGGUAA